AAUUGUUUUCUUGGCUUCAGUUGCACCGUGGUUUUGUUCAAUCCACGGAAGAACACCCAGGCUCACGUGUUGAACGCUUGCCGGAAAACGGUGACCUCGCUGGCCCUCGCCGGCGAUGGAAGAUAUUUGGCGACCGGAGAGUGCGGUCACAUGCCGAACGUUCGCGUCUGGGACAUCUCCGACCCGUACAACGCCGUGCAGUUCGCCGAAUUUUCCGGCCACAAGUAUGGCAUCAACUGCGUGGCAUUUUCGCCGAGCAACAAGUACGUGGUGUCCGUGGGCUCUCAGCACGACAUGAUCGUCAACGUCUGGGACUGGAGGAACAACGUUAAAGUAGCGUCGAACAAAGUCUCGAGCAAGGUGAAGGCUGUCUGUUUCGCGGAGAACGGCAACUACUUCGUCACCGUCGGCAACAGGCACGUCAAGUUUUGGUAUCUCGAGUAUUCGCGCAGCGCCAAGUACAAGGAACCUGUGCCUUUGAUGGGUCGAUCCGCCAUAUUAGGAGAGCAGAGGAACAACGAUUUCGUGGACGUAGCCUGCGGCCGAGGCGAAAUGGCCGAUUCCACGUACGCGAUCACCAAAACGGGCCUUUUAUGCGAAUUUAAUAACAGGAGACUCUUGGACAAAUGGGUGGAGCUUCGAACUACCAGUGCCAAUUGCAUGGCCGUGGGGGACAAAUACAUCUUUAUCGGCUGCGCGGAGGGGAUCGUCAGAUGCUUCAGUCCCAGCACGCUUCAAUUUAUCACCACGUUGCCCAGAACGCAUUACCUAGGCGUGGACGUUGCCCAGGGAUUGUCCAUUAGCCACAUGUCUCAGCAUCCAGCGAACGCGAGGUACCCGGACGCGAUUGCUCUGGCGUUCGACGAGCGAAACAACAAGCUCACCUGCGUUUACAACGAUCACAGUAUCUACGUGUGGGACGUGCGAGACAUCAGGCGGGUGGGCAAAUCGCACUCGUUCCUCUAUCACUCGGCGUGCAUCUGGGGCGUGGACAUGUACCCCACGGGGUCGGACUCCAUGGGCAGCAUGCCAGCCGGCAGUUUCAUCACCUGCUCCAGCGACGACACGAUCCGCGUGUGGAACCUGGAGAAAGACAUCACGCCGAACGACACGCCCUACAAGCGAAACAUCUACAGCAACGAGCUGCUCAAGGUCCUCUACAUAGAUCCGGAGCUGACGUACCUGAAGGACGUGGAUCUGGCCGCCGCCGGCUCGACCGAGAAGAGUGACGCUUCGUACGACGGGCGAAACGGGGUCAGAUCGAUCCGAGUGAGCCCGGACGGGAAACACCUGGCGUCCGGCGACCGUUCCGGCAACAUUCGAAUCCACGAUCUCUCCUCGUUGGAGGAGUUGUGCUUGAUCGAGGCGCACGACGCGGAGGUGCUUUGCCUCGAGUACUCCAAGUUCUCCCGGUACUCGACCGAGCCGCCUAGGCUACUGGCCAGUGCGUCCAGGGACAGGCUGAUCCACGUGUUCAGCGUCGAUCAGGGAUACAACUUUCUGCAAACGCUGGACGAUCAUAGCUCUUCCAUUACUGCCGUUAGGUUCUUCAAUCAGAGCAAUCAGAGCAGUCAGAUACAAAUGGUCUCUUGCGGAGCCGAUAAAAGUAUUAUUUUUAGACAGUUGCAAUCGACGCCCGGGGGCAUGCCGCAAUUCGCCAGGGGUCACAACGCUCAGGGAAAGACCACUUUGUACGACAUGGAGGUCGAUUCCGGACAGAAGCACGUGUUGACUGCCUGUCAGGAUAGGAACAUAAGGGUUUACAACGUAGCCACGGGUAAACACAGCAAAACGUUCAAGGGAUCCGUCGGGGAAGACGGAUCGCUCAUCAAAGUCGUUCUAGACGCAUCGGGAAUCUACGUAGCUACCUCCUGCACGGAUAAGACGUUGUGCGUGUACGAUUACUACAGCGGUGAAUGUAUGGCCACGAUGCUCGGCCACUCGGAAUUGGUGACAGGGCUGCGUUUCAGCCCCGACUGUCGCAACCUCGUGUCCGCCAGCGGGGACGGCUGCAUAUUCGUGUGGCGCGUACCACGGGAUAUGGUCGUCACUAUGCAGGCGCGUCUCGCUCAACAAGCGAUGCGAGCUGGAAAGUAAGAAGUUGUAUUUUUUUUUUUUUUUUUAUUUUCAAGGUACAGUAAUUACCAAGGUACCCAUUUAAGCGUCCAGAUACAAAUAUCAGUUUUGUAUUGUUUCACUUUG